AUGGGAAUAAGAAGAGUCGUGUUUCGAGAGGAAGAUGAUGACAACGCGAAGGACGAUGGGAAAAAAAUGCAAAUCAAAUUAUUGAUGAACUCAUGUGAGAAACUCACACAAAAGAUCAUCAAAUUGAGGGAUGAAAUGUCGGCUCACAAAAAGGAAACUUUAAAAAAAGAAAAAAAGAUUCCAUUUCUCAUAUUUUUUAAGAUAAAAUCAUUCGAAGCACCUUUUAACAUUUGCGAUGAUGUAUCCACUGCUUGGGAUGAGAUUGAGACGAAAAUAUCUUAUUCCAUUAUGCUGAUGAAAUCAAAUAUGUCGCUUCAUUUCCACGGCAGAUGCGCAGCUCAGCAUAGUCCUUUGGGAAUCGUUAACAACUCUAGUCAUCUGAAAGGAACUCAGUUCAAUUUCUAG